AUGUCUCUCAUCAAUCCUGACUUGGAGAGCCAUUUCAAUGAGUCUCUCCAGCACUUAUUUGAGGACAUCAGUGACUGCUACAAGAACACAGCUGGAUCACUUCUACUGGUUCCGUCAGAGACAAUGCCAGAUUCUGCACGAUUACUUCAUGGCAUCCAUGACGUGCAUGAAGCUUUGGCGAAAGGCAUGAAAAUUGAAUGCCUACAGAUCCACAUCAACUACAACGACUUGCCGAUGACUCUCGAUGCCACUGUCACUGAAGACUACUACUGUCUUCUAUGUGUCCUGGAGGAAGAUUGCAAGCACGUCAACUUGCAUCUGUUGUCUUUGAAACACGUGCCACAGCAACAACUUCAACAACGUCCAGUUGUUCUAUGCGCGGGACGCCUCACUGAACUUGGCGCUAUCAGCGCAGGCAUCUUCCCAGCAAAGACGAAGACCACUCCUAUCAGCAGCACUCCACAUCGACCACUACAUCCAUCCUCUCUCAGGAUUGUGGAGGACAUACGAGUCAGUGCAGAGCGAGAGCCAAUCAAGCCUUCGCAGGACUUCAAAGAUUUUCCUCGUCGGCUGCUUCAUGCAGACAGAAAGGAGCGAACACGCCUUCUUGUCGGACUACAUCAACGCUUCUAUCACUGUGGCGUGACGGACAUGAUCCGUUUGCUCAACGCCAUGCUUCUUCCACGGGAUGUCAUACAGCAAGGAAUUGAGGUGUGCCAGCAAUGCAGUGAUUGCCAUUGCCAGCGUUAUGCCAACAAAGCUCCGAGACCUCAGCUUCGUGGCUAUGUUGCAGUCCAGUUCAAUGAAUAUGUCCUGAUGGAUCUCUUCUUCCUUUGGUCACAGCCUUUCAUUCUUCUCAUCGACCACUGUACCCAUUGGAAGACUGGCUGCCAUUUGCCCAACAAGCAAGCCUCGUCUCUGCUUCAAGCACUGAUGUCACAAUGGAUCCGUGUUUGGGGCCCUAUGCACACACUCUGCUCAGACCAAGAAGGAGGUCUAUCAAGCUCUGAGGCAACUGUCUUUUGUGAGCGUUUGGGCAUCACCAGGACCUUUGUCGGAACAUCAGCCUAUCAUUCAAAAGGGCUUGUUGAAAGACACGUCGCUCUCACCAAGCAUUCCAUGAUGAUCUUGAAGAGCACCUCCACCAAGGAAGGAUUGCACCUCAGCUAUGAUGACUUGAUCCAUGAGGUGACGAUAAGUCAAAAUAUGUUGCUUGAGAAAGGCGGUGUCACUCCACAAACCGCUGUCACAGGAAUCAAUCCACGAGAGUUCUGGCAGAUGGACAAUGAACAACUACAAGCACACACUGGAGCCUUAGAUGUGAAGGCUGACUUUGCUGAACAAGCCAUUCGAGGUCGUCUUCUUGCCAAGCAAGCAAUUCUUGAAGCCGUUGUUGGAGAACGCUUGGCUAUCGCUCGAAGAACAAAGCAGCAAAAGCAUGAUCUCAGUCUCCUCAUUGCAGGCAUGGCCAUUGACAUCUAUCGGCAACCUCAUCGGAAAGAUGACUUCGGUUGGCAUGGCCCAGCAGAACUGGUCAUCAUUGAGACCAAUGACAACUACAAGAAGAAAGAGCUUGAUCGCUCUUUUGAUGAGGGAGAUGCACAGAAACAUCAACGCCCUGAGAAGGAUGACACUGCUCCUCCUUUGCCAAUUUCCUCCGAUGCACCUGGCAGCUCCCAUGAGAAGCAACUUCUUUCGAUCCUCCUGCGAGUGACUUCUUCAGAUGAACUACCUGAUCCUGCCUCAGCCGCCUUGGAUAAUUCUGAGAGUUCUCCUGCGCCUGCCUUGGAUGAUUCCUCUGCGACGUUGGAUUAUGGCGAUCGCACUGACCAGACGAUUGAAUAUCCUGAUGAUCCUAACGCAGUUCAUCGAGCCUUGUCGCAUGCAACUCCUUUUGAAGGAGACUUAGCUUUCGAAAGUGCCUUUCAAGAGAGUAACAUUUUUUCAUUUUUGUGUUCCCGUUUCGGGGAUAAUCCGUUCUACUCCGAAACGAUCUCCGAGCAGCAGCAAGCACACACCAUGCUGAAGUCACUCACGCCAGAGUUCCGCGCCAUGUGGAGCGAUGCUGUUCCUGACUCGGAGCCACUCGUCGAAUAUUUGAUAGAUUUGAGUACUGGGGAGAUCCUAAAGGUCGACGACGAAACAGCAAACUUGACUGAUCAAGAGUUGAUCGACUAUGCGCCGGCAGUUCAUCUAGCAGAUUACAAGGAGCUACAUCAGUUUGUUGA